AUGGCUCGUUUGGAUGAAAUGUUAGCGACGUUAGCCGGCAAGUUGAACAGCAAUGAAGCCUUCAACCCCGAUCGCGGUUUCCAAGUGGAUGUGGUGUUUGUCUCUAUGCCUGUACCAGGGUCUGGUCGACAUAAACAACGCAAUGUGGGACGUCUAUGCCUGGAUCGAGACAACAAGAAAAAGAAAUGUAUCAUUCCUAUUCGAAACAGAGAUGCCUUAUGCUGUGCUCGCGCUAUCGUCACCAUGCGAGCCCAUUGCCAUAAAGAUCAAGGCGUGGACGGGUUUCGCGACUGGGACAAUCUCAGACGUGGUCUUCCUGUGCAGUUACGACAAGCCCAAGCCCUCCAUCAGCAAGCGCUAGUCGCGGAGGGUCCCUGUGGUUUACCCGAGCUGCGUCAAUUUCAACAGACGUUAGGGCCUCAAUAUCAAUUGCUGGUGAUGACCCGGAUGAAACCCUUUUUUCUGAUCUUUAAAGGCCCUGAUGCCCCUCAUCCGAUUCGUUUAUUGAAAUCCAAUGAUCAUUUUGAUGGCUGCACGUCUUUUCCUGCGUUUGUCAAUCGCUCCUAUUAUUGCCUGGACUGUGAACGAGGGUUCAACAACAACGAUCGGACCCAUCACACCUGUCAAGGCAGACGCUGCAAAGCGUGCGGUCGCUUUGACUGUUCAGAUUAUGUGCGUGGCACCCGCCCCACGGAGUAUUGCCCCUUAUGUCACCGCAAGUUUUACGGCGACCAUUGCAUUCGUCAUCAUGUGGUCAGCAAGCAAUGUCAAUCCAUCAAAACCUGUCUCAAAUGUCAGGCCCAGUACACCGUCCUCCCUAACCAACGUCACCAGUGCGGGUAUGCCAAGUGUCCCGUCUCUCAGGAAUGGGUGUCCAUCCAAUACCACAAGUGUUACAUUCAACCCGUGGCAGGGAAUGAGGAAGAAGAACCAACCGAGGAGGGGGGAGGUAGCAUGGUGGCGCCACCCCCUCCCCUGUUUGUUUACGCCGAUUUUGAAGCCAUGCAGAAUGCGGAAGGCGUGUUUGUAGCCAAUUUGUUGUGUUAUUCGUCCAGUGAAGAAACGACCAUUCAUGUGUUGGACGGGGAGGACUGUGCCCUACAAUUUUUGCGUGAUUUGGAUGAUCUCACGGUUCUCCCGGACGCAGAGGGUGGACGGACCAUUCUCGUGGUGUUUCACAAUUUGAAAGGCUUUGACGGCAUGUUUAUUUUGCACGAACUGUACCAGCAACAACGUGAAGUGGUGGAUCAACUGACGGUGGGCGCCAAAGUGUUGUCUUUCAGGAGCGGAGCUGUCAAAUUCAUUGACUCGCUGUGUUUCUUGCCCAUGCCACUCGCCUCCUUUCCCAGCACCUUCAAUUUGACCGAAUUAAAGAAGGGCUUCUUUCCUCAUUUGUUCAAUACCCCGGAUCAUCAACAGUAUGUGGGCCGCAUCCCCGAUUUGGAAUUUUACGAUCCCGAGGGCAUGAUGGUCAAAAAGAAAGACGAACUGACCCGUUGGCAUGCCGACCAAGUCCGUCGUAACAUGCGUUUUGAUUUCCGUCAAGAAAUGAUCGAGUACUGCAAAUCGGAUGUGGCGCUGUUGAAAGCGGGGUGUGAAGCCUUUCAGCAAGAAUUUGAACGGCAGGCUGGCUUCAAUCCCAUGGCCAAGUGUAUCACCAUCGCCAGUGCCUGCAAUCUCUAUUGGCGCAAGCAUCAUUUGACCCCCGAUACUAUAGCCGUCGAACCACUAAGGGGUUGGCGAGGCGCCCAAGUCAAUCAAUCCCUCAAGGCCCUACAAUGGCUGUACUACCAAGAACAUCUUAUUCCUAAGGAGGGGGCCAGUGCUGACCGCAUUCGACAUGUCCGGAAUGGGGGCGAGCAGUUUGUCCGGACCCUCGUGAACAGUUAUUUUGUGGAUGGGUACGAUCCUCUGAUCCGAACCGUCUACGAAUUUCAUGGGUGUCUCUAUCAUGGCUGUCCCACCUGUUUUCCCAUGAGAAACGCCAAACAUUAUGCCACACCGGAUCGAACCGUGGAGGAACUCUAUCAGGCCACGCUCUCCAAACGUAUGGCUCUGCUCCGAGCAGGUUACACAGUGAUCGAAAUGUGGGAAUGUGACUGGGACCGACUGGUGGACACGGAUGAAGCCGUCCAACGUUUCCUGAAUUCGUUUGAUCUGGUGGCUCCCCUGGAACCCCGUGACGCCUUUUUUGGGGGUCGCACCGGUGCGGUGGCUCUCCAUGCCGUGGCUGAAGAGGGGGAGGAAAUACGCUAUGUGGAUGUGACCUCCUUGUACCCGUGGGUGAAUAAGAACUGCCCUUACCCUAUUGGUCAUCCCAAGAUCAUCACCCAACCCGCCGACCAGUCCCUGGAGUCCUAUUUUGGUAUUGCUACGGUGGAUAUUCUUCCACCGGCUGGCCUAUUCCACCCCGUCUUGCCUGUACGCUGUGGCCAAAAGCUCACCUUUCCUCUCUGCCGUGCCUGUGUCCAGACAGAGCAAGCCCAACCCAUGUUGACCCGAACCCAGUAUUGCCCUCAUUCGGAUGCGGAUCGCACACUACGCGGGACCUGGUGCACCCCCGAGCUGGUCAAAGCCGUGGUAAAAGGGUACACCCUCAUCAAGAUCCACGAAGUCUGGCAUUUUCCCCCCGAGCAACGCCAAACGGGUCUUUUCGCUGAUUACGUCAAUACUUGGCUCAAACUCAAACAAGAAUCCGCGGGGUGGCCCAGUUGGUGUCAGACCCUCGAGCAGAAACGAGAGUACAUUCUUCGUUACCAGGAACGGGAGGGGAUCCGACUGGACAUUGCCAGCAUUGCCAAAAAUCCCGGUCGCAAGGCCACGGCCAAGCUCAUGCUGAACAGCUUCUGGGGCAAGUUUGGGGAGCGCAUGAACAAACCCACCACCGUCACCGUUCAAAACCCCGCCCAUUUGUUCAGCCUGAUCUCCGAUGCGGCUCUCGAUCUCAGUACCCUCCGUCUCUGUACCGACGACAUCUUGGAGGCCGUUUACACCAGUGUCCAAGACAAUGCCGUCAAAGGCACCAAGACCAAUAUCUUUGUGGCGGCUUUCACCACGUGCCAUGCUCGGCUCAAGCUCUACGAGUCCCUCGACACCCUUCAACAGCAAGUGCUNACGCUAUGUGGAUGUGACCUCCUUGUACCCGUGGGUGAAUAAGAACUGCCCUUACCCUAUUGGUCAUCCCAAGAUCAUCACCCAACCCGCCGACCAGUCCCUGGAGUCCUAUUUUGGUAUUGCUACGGUGGAUAUUCUUCCACCGGCUGGCCUAUUCCACCCCGUCUUGCCUGUACGCUGUGGCCAAAAGCUCACCUUUCCUCUCUGCCGUGCCUGUGUCCAGACAGAGCAAGCCCAACCCAUGUUGACCCGAACCCAGUAUUGCCCUCAUUCGGAUGCGGAUCGCACACUACGCGGGACCUGGUGCACCCCCGAGCUGGUCAAAGCCGUGGUAAAAGGGUACACCCUCAUCAAGAUCCACGAAGUCUGGCAUUUUCCCCCCGAGCAACGCCAAACGGGUCUUUUCGCUGAUUACGUCAAUACUUGGCUCAAACUCAAACAAGAAUCCGCGGGGUGGCCCAGUUGGUGUCAGACCCUCGAGCAGAAACGAGAGUACAUUCUUCGUUACCAGGAACGGGAGGGGAUCCGACUGGACAUUGCCAGCAUUGCCAAAAAUCCCGGUCGCAAGGCCACGGCCAAGCUCAUGCUGAACAGCUUCUGGGGCAAGUUUGGGGAGCGCAUGAACAAACCCACCACCGUCACCGUUCAAAACCCCGCCCAUUUGUUCAGCCUGAUCUCCGAUGCGGCUCUCGAUCUCAGUACCCUCCGUCUCUGUACCGACGACAUCUUGGAGGCCGUUUACACCAGUGUCCAAGACAAUGCCGUCAAAGGCACCAAGACCAAUAUCUUCGUGGCGGCGUUCACCACGUGUCAUGCUCGGCUCAAGCUCUACGAGUCCCUCGACACCCUUCAACAGCAAGUGCUCUACUAUGAUACCGACAGUGUGGUGUACAAGUGGCGUCCAGGUCAACCCAGUAUUGCCACCGGGGAUUUUCUGGGCGAUAUGACGGAUGAAUUGGACGGAGACGUCAUCACUGAGUUUGUUUCGGGGGGCGCCAAGAAUUAUGGGUACACGACUCGCGCAGGUAAAGUGGUGUGCAAGGUCCGCGGUUUCACGUUGAAUGUUCGGGGGUCCGCCAUUCUUAAUUUUCACACCAUGAAAGAGAACAUUCUCUCGGAACUAGACUCGCCUCAGGACGCUCGCCGGAAUUUGAACAUUGUCACUCCUUAUCAUUUCACACGGGAUCUAGAGAAGAAACAAAUUCAAGUGGUUCCGCGCGUGAAGCAGUAUGGGUUGGUGUUUGACAAGCGCGUCAUCGAUGUGACCACUCGAUCCAGCUAUCCCUAUGGCUAC